AUGGUCCCAGCGGAAGUGUUGAAAGAGUUCCGCAACCUGUUUUCACCAGAGGAGGCCAUGAAGCUGCCGCCACACCGGCCAGGUGUGGACCACGAGGUAAACUUGCAGCCUGACAAGAAUGGCAACGAGCCGCCCCUGCCAUGGGGACCGCUCUACAACAUGUCACGCGAAGAGUUGUUGGUCUUGCGAAAGACCCUGAAAGACCUUUUGGAUAGAGGGUUCAUCCGAGCGAGUAGCUCGGCGGCCGCAACGCCGGUGCUGUUCCGCGACCGAUACCCGCUGCCACUCAUCGCCGAGACGUUGCAGAACUUGGCCAAGGCCAAAUGGUUUACCAAGUUAGACGUCGUAGCCGCCUUCCACAAGAUCCGCAUGGCCCCCGGGCACGAAUGGAAGACGGCAUUCCGCACGAGGUUCGGGCUCUACGAGUGGCUCGUGUGCCCCUUCGGCCUAAGCGGCGCCCCAGCAUCGUUCCAACGAUACAUGAACAGCGUGUUGCGCGAGUGGCUGGACGAUUUCGUCACGGCGUACCUAGACGAUGUGUUGAUCUAUUCGAGUGGUUCAAAGGCUGAUCAUGAGGCCAAGGUGCGAAAGGUUCUCCAAGCACUCGCCGACGCCGGCCUACAUCUAGACCCAGCGAAGUGCGAGUUUUCCGUACAAGAGGUCAAGUACCUUGGGUUCAUUGUCAAUGCAGGGAAGGGAAUCGCGUGCGACCCCGAGAAGCAGCGCGCCAUCCGCGAAUGGGAAGCCCCUACCACGGUGAAGGGUGUCAGAAGCUUUCUGGGCUUCGCCAACUACUACAGGAUCUUCAUCCCCGACUACGCUAAGAUCACUCAGCCGCUAGACGCUCUGCUGAAGAAAGGAACUGCCUUUUGUUGGGGGCGGGCGGAGAACGAGGCGUUUCAUGAACUGAAGCGACGAUUUUGCGAGUCACCGGUGCUCAAGCAGUGGGACCCGAGCCUCCCGACCUUUUUGGAGACGGAUUGCUCAGGCUACGCAUUGGGAGGCGUCCUGUCGCAGGAAGGCCCAGAUGGACGUCGACACUCAUGCGCCUUCUUCUCGAAGCGACUUUCGCCAGCGGAGUACAACUAUCCCAUUCACGACAAGGAGAUGCUUGCCAUCAUGAGAUGUCUCGACAACUGGAACGCCGAACUUAGGAGCUGCGGCCCAUUUACAAUCCUUACCGAUCACCGCAACCUGGAGGCAUCCACCCUGCCGAAGAUGAAGGUCUUCGAGGUAGCGGACCUGCAGCAACUCUGGGACGAAACGGUGGCGAAGGACUCGAUAUUCCGGGCAGCCUAUAAGGCAGUCCGCGAUCGCGAGCGUGCCUUCCCGCCCUCGCUGGGCCUGAAGAUCCAGAUUUCAGAAUGUGCGAUCGACGUAGGCAAAAGGCUGACAUUCAGAGACCGUAUUUGGUCGCAUGACUCUGUUGCGACCGGUCAUCCCGGCAGGGAAGGUACGCUGGCUAUUGUGGCUCGGCGAUUCUACUGGCCUGGGCAGUCCCAGCUGGUUCGCCGAUCUGCCGCCUACUGGACCGAGCAAGGCAAGGUACCUUGCCAUUACCGAUUUCAUGGAAUGCCACGGUCCAUCGUCAGCGACCGCGGGAGCAACUGGCUAAGUAGGUUCUGGAAGAGGUUCUGCCGUCUUGCAGGUGUCACGCAGAAAUUGAGCACGGCCUAUCAUCCUCAGACGGACGGAGGGCCAGAGAGAAUGAACCAGGAGAUCGAGGCCUACCUGAGAGCCUACGUGUCCGACCAAGAUCAGCCCCUUUUCGCUGAGCAUGGUUACCACGUCGAUCCCAUCAGCGUCGAGGAAUCGGAAGAGCCACCGAGGCAUAGAGAGGAAAGCAGAGCUGAUAGCCUACUCAGUCGCCUGCAGGAGGUCAAUGAGUACAUGCAAGCAGCGACAUCCUGCGGAGCGAUUUGA